GAGAACUGGAGCGCGCAAUGGGAGGGAGCUGCGCGCGGAGGCGCCCGGCCGGCCCGCGGCAGGUACUGAUUCCCUUCCUACUGCCUUUGUUCUACCCCGCGCUCUCCGAACCGAUCCGCUACUCGAUUCCUGAGGAGCUGGCCAAGGGCUCGGUGGUCGGGAACCUCGCCAAGGAUCUAGGGCUCAGUGUCCUGGAUGUGUCGGCUCGGAAGCUGCGAGUUAGCGCAGAGAAGCUGCUUUUCAGCGUAGACGCGGAGAGCGGGGAGCUACUUGUGAAGGACCGAAUAGACCGUGAGCAGAUAUGCAAAGAGAGAAGAAGAUGUGAAUUGCAGUUGGAAGCCGUGGUGGAAAAUCCUUUAAAUAUCUUUCAUAUCGUUGUGGUUGUUGAGGAUAUUAAUGACCAUGCCCCUCAAUUUGAUAAAAAGGAAAUACAUUUAGAAAUUUUUGAGUCUGUAUCCCCAGGUGCACGACUAUCCCUUGACCCUGCCACUGACCCUGAUAUAAACAUGAACUCGAUUAAACAUUAUCAGAUAAAUUCUAACCCUUAUUUCUCAUUAAUGGUUAGAGUUAAUUCCGAUGGUGGCAAAUAUCCAGAGUUAUCUUUGGAGAAACCUCUAGACCGGGAAGAGAAGCGGUUUCAUCACUUGAUAUUGACUGCCUUGGACGGAGGGGACCCGCCACGAAGUGCCACUGCUCAAAUAGAAAUCUUUGUCAAGGACACCAAUGAUAACUCGCCAGUGUUCAGCAAAGACGAAUAUAGAAUCAGUGUUAGUGAAAAUCUGCUCCCUGGGUCCUCCGUGUUGCAGGUGACAGCCACUGACCAGGACGAGGGUGUCAAUGCCGAAAUAAACUACUACUUCAGGAGCACCGCUCAGAGUACAAGACACAUGUUCUCAUUGGAUGAGAAAACAGGUAUGAUUAAGAAUAACCAGUCAUUGGAUUUUGAGGAUAUAGAAAGAUACACCAUGGAAGUGGAAGCAAAGGAUGGAGGUGGUCUCUCGACCCAAUGUAAAGUAAUCAUAGAAAUCCUAGACGAAAACGACAACAGCCCAGAAAUAAUCAUCACUUCUCUCUCUGAUGAGAUUUUGGAGGAUUCUCUUCCAGGAAUGGUUGUUGCCAUCUUCAAAACACGGGAUCGGGAUUUUGGAGAAAAUGGAGAAGUCAAGUGUAAUGUAGGAAGAGGGGUUCCUUUCAAGAUUUCUUCUUCUAAUAAUAAUUACUACAAGCUGGUAACAGAUGGAUUCUUGGACCGAGAGCAGACUCCAGAGUACAACGUCACCAUCACAGCCACUGACAGGGGCAAGCCGCCCCUCUCCUCCAGCACUACCAUCACUCUGCACAUCGCCGACAUUAACGACAACGCGCCAAUUUUCCACCAAGCCAACUACGUGGUCCACGUGGCUGAGAACAACCCGCCCGGCGCCUCCAUCGCCCAAGUCAGC